CUCAGCCCCCUUCUUCCCGAAGGAUUCUCCCCAGGGAUUCCGCCCGCACGGUUCGGGUCCCAUGGUUGUGAUCUGGUGGCGCCCGUGAGGAAGGGGCUGGCUGAGAAGCUGAGUGGCGGAAACCGCGGGCAAGCCUGGGGUCCAGUCACACACCCCAGCAGGAGCCAGAGAAACGGCCAGGCCCCAGGGACUGGCCAGCCUCCCUCGUAACUAACCCGAGCGCAGUGAGGAGGGCGACCCUUUGUCACCCAUCAGGUUGGCAGAGGUUAAGCGGGAUGAUGAUGCUCGGGGGCCCGCCAGUGCGUGAGGGCACGGCAGCCUCGCCUGUGGCUGGCAGAGUGUACGUGGGGGAGCCUUUGCGGAAGGCCGUUUGCUGGCGUGUGUCAGCAUCUCGGGAUGUGUGCCGUGUGACGCGGGCCUCCUCCGACCCGGGGCUUCAGUUAGCGAGUGUGUGGUCGUGUUGAGUGUCUAGAGGGGCAGAAAGCGCCAAGCAGUCUGUGAGUCCCCAUCGGCAGGGGGAAGAGUCAGUAACCUGUGGGACAGCCGACGACGGGGUACCGUGUGGGCGGUGAAAAUAGGACAGAUGAAGACGUACAGACGUGAAGCAGUGUUCCUGAGGUGCUGUAGGCUCACGCUCUGAGGUACUUGGGGUUGAGAUUCCAGCACGUGAAUUUCAGGGGCACGGUGUGACCCCUAACACCCUCCAAAGGCUCUGAGCCGCGUGAGGCCGUGGGAGCUCUGGGAGAUGAAGUUCGGCUGCCUGUCCUUCCGGCAGCCUCAUGCGGGUUUCGUCUUAAAUGGGGUGAAGACGCUGGAGACGCGGUGGCGGCCCGUGCUCAGCGGCCACCGGCACCGCACCCUGGCCGUCCACAUCGCGCGCAGGGACUGGGAGGACACGGCCUGGAGGGAGCUGCUGGCCGAGAGGCUGGGGAUGAGCCCCGCGCAGAUCCAGGCCUUGCUGCGGGACGGGGAGAAGUUCGGCCGCGGAGUGAUAGCCGGGCUGGUUGACAUUGGGGACACUUUGCUGUGCCCAGAAAACUUAGGUCCCAACGAGGCUGCGGAGCUGGAGAAUCAAGCCCUGCUGCCCAACCUGCGGCAGAAGUACCUGACGGCGCUUGCCAACCCCCGCUGGCUGCUGCAGCCUGUCCCCAGGAGAGGCGGGAAGGACGUCUUCCAGGUGGACAUCCCCGAGCACCUGAUCCCCUUUGGGCAGGAGGCCUGACCAGACUGGGCUCUCGAGAGGAAGGUGACCGAGAGAGCAGCUCAUCGUGCCACCGUCCACUCGCCUUCACGCCCUGGACGUGCACGUCUGGUUCGGUCUGAGUCGGCCCUGCCCUGGGGAGCGCUGCCCGCUCCGUGCUGUUCACGGAAGCAGACGUGCCCACCUGGUGCAGGGACAGGGCUUGGGACUCUCCUCGUGCGAUGCCGCUCUGGGCUCAGCGACAGAGUCUCGAGGACUUUGACCUUUAGGAAAAGAUGGCAGUGCCACUCGUUUUGGCCCUACUGAUUCUGGGUGGUUGAGAGAAAUGUGUUUUGAGAGGACCGGUUAGCGUUUUCCCCUCUUUGUCCUGGUCAGAACUCCCAGAUGUUUGGACCGCGUGUGGGGAACGAACGAUGGGGGAAGGCCGGUGGCGGGCCUCGUGCACGUGGGAGAGGACCGCAGGCCCAGAAACAGGGCGCGGUCUGUCCUUGCAGGUGACCCUGGCCCUGUUGUAAAGUGUCCCUUGGCUCACGACGCGUGUGUGUUAAGACGUGCUACCCGGCCACUUCACGGCCGAAGACAGGCUCCUAGACACAGCUCUGACGGCCAAGUGAGAAGGGCUGGCGCUCACUUUGUGGAAAUCUCUUACUUCUCUGUGGGGUUUGGGGUCAUUUGUUAGCAAGCUUUCUAGGGGUUGUUACCUCUGAGGGUGCUAGGCUUUCCCCCAGGUGUCGGCUGGAACGGCCCGUCUCUUCUGAGGCAGACGGCAGUGUGCACGCCUCCCUUGGCGGGUGGGAUGGCCCUCCUUUCCGGCGGGCCUCUUUGGGAGGCCCCUGGAUGGUGGGCUGGACACACGCUCAGCUGCGGGUCAGAAACUUCUGGCAUCAUAGGGGGACCCAGGAGGAAGCCCCUUCUGCUUCAGGAUGCAUGACUAAUGGAAGGUGACACCCCUGAGGUCAGGAGCCAGGCUGUGCUGCCUCCUGACUAGCAGGCAAGGCCCAGGGGCCAGCCUGUCCUGGGCCGGCCUCAGCGCUCCCUAGCCACGUCCGUGGCUGAGCGUGGGAAAUGCUGCUGCUUCAAAUGAAAGGGGACGGCAGGGACCAAAGCCUGCCGGGGGGGUGGGUUUCCAGCCUCGUCGGGCCCGUCCACUGAGAUGUGUGAAUAGGACGGACAGUUAGAAAGGACACAAGACUCGCACUUCUUGUUCGAUUCUUUAUUUAUUCCCGUGGACUUUGGCAUUUCUUUAUUAGAGACAAAAACAGAUUCUUGGUUAUGAGAUGGGGAUUUUCGUGUGUCCCCAGGGGCCUGCGAGCUCAGGGAUCGCAGUUGUCCUUGAACUGUUCUCGGAGAGCACACCUGCGAUCUGAGGAGCCCCCCUGCUCCUCGUCCACCUCAGGGACCUCGUUCGGGGACAAGGCGAAAAGGGCCGCCGGCAGGAGGGAGGAACGGCCGUUGUCCACAGGCAUCUCCGAGUCAUAAGCCGGGUAAACCGUGGGGCUGGCGGGCAGCUCCCUGGCGCCGUCCCUUCCGGCGGUAGCCGGGGGCACAGAAGUGACAUUCCGGGGAGUGCCCUCCCCACUCGGGCCGCCCUGCUCACUGGGGGGAGGGUUUUCCCUGGCCCGUCCCGCCCCACCGCUCGUAGGGCACAUGCUAGAGAACAGCGAAGACUGCGUACCGCUGGGCCCCUGAGCACUUGGGGCUUUCUUCUGGGUGGUGGAGUCGUUGGAAUGGAUUCGUGGGGAGCUUCUGGUAGCAGCCACUGGCCUCUUUCUCUUUGGGGCUGUUGCGCUGGUCCGGGGCUGAGCAGUUGCUCCCGGGUUGCCUUUUCUCUCAAUGUUCUCGAUGAGCAGAGGCUUGUCUCUCUGAAAGUUGGAGUUGCGGUAGAUCUGAAAUGAAACGAAUCACUUUAGCCAUUCUGGGAGAAAAUACCCAUUCCUCCCCGCCCCCGCCCCACGCCGCCCCACCCCCACCCCGGUCCAUCAUAAUGGUCUUAUCUGACUAUGGAGAAAAGGUCUCUUUAAGUUCCUGGCAGGUUAUUCCGUCCUAGAGUGUGCGCUCCCUAGAGCUCCCCGAGGCGAGCCUCGGUCGAGGAGUUACUGUGGCUACCUGACAUCUCGUGGCCUCUCAAGAGGGUCUGUAGGCACACCUGCAGGUUCUCUCUAAGGGGCUGUGGCUGAAUGCCACGGGCUCUACUUUCUCAUCUUUCUUUAACUACCUUCUCACGUGAAGAAAGUUAUUCUCGGAAAUGAAACCCGUUCAGCAUGUGGCCCAUCUGGCCUCCCUGGAAGGUGUUCGAAUAACAAGAGAACAUGGGCAACGGAAGGGCUUUCUACUUUACCAUCAGCCUCUUCUUCCCUGGAGGGCGGCUGGUCAGGCGUAUUUUGCUGAAAGCGUACAGGUUCAGUUGGCGGAUGAAAGUAUUCAAGCUGUCCGUGUUGAAAAUUCUGUCUGCGCCUCUGCAGCGAAGAACCUCCCUCCGGAAGAGGUCUUGCUCGAUGAUCACCGUAUCUCCCUCGUCAUUCCAGCACACAGAGGUGAAGGCGGGAUCCUCCACCAUCCUCCAGAGCUUUCUUGGGAAGGAGAGCUCAAGAAUACUCUCGUUGGCCACACCGUUGUUUGGGCCCUGUGGUGGCGGGUUGUCUUGGGAGCCAGGAUCUGGGCUCUCGGCUUGGUCACCCUGCUUCUCCGAACUCUCCCUUGAAUCCACAUUUGUAUCCAGGGACGCACGAGAGGGGACCCACGUUGCUGGCUCUGCGUCAGCCGAUGGGGCCAGCGUGGCUGUACACAGCUCGUCGCUACUCUGACUAGCCAUGGAGCCAGUCUAGAUUGGGAGCAUUCUCCACCCGAGACCGUAUCACUGAACUGUCAGGGCAGAAAUGCCUUGGACCAGAGCGGGGAUGCCCAGUAAAUACUGUCCGCAAGGUUCUAGAAUCUCGGUAGUGGGGCAACCAGCCACUUAAGUCCCAGACUUCUUUAUUGGUCACAUGAUGUCACAAAGGCGGUCUGGAGAGGGAGCCCUGGCCAAGUGUGGGGGAGGGGAUGGGGACGGGGGGUCCCCGGCGUCUGUCUUUUUUUCUAAAAGUCUCGAAAAGUAUGGUUCAAGUUCCCGGGAAAGCCUCCCGUCUGCCGCCAGGCACCUUGUUUCAAGGGGCCAGGCCCCGGAUGGGUUGAGAAACGUGAUCCUGUCCCCACUCCCAUCCCUUGAUGCUGGCUUCCGAUUUGCUCAAGGGCCAGGCCCUGGCGAGGCGUAGCUUGGCUGCCACUGAGACCACAGGGAUCACGUGGGCCCCUGGCGACUGUCCCUCCCAGAAGAUGGGGGUCCCUAGCGGGCUGGUUGGCCUAGCCUGAGUCGGUGCCCACCGCCCCAUCCCCCUUCCGGCUCUGGUCGCUUGCAGCUGAUCCUGCCAGCUGGUCGGUCCCGCUCAGAUGGGCCCAAACAAAGAGUCCUGAUUUCCUGCCUCCCAGGUCAAGCUGUCCCCAGAGUAGGGCUGUGCGUGACCUCACAUUCAACUCGAGUGUUCCCCAAGCACCUCAUACACAGCCCAGCCCAUGCAACCGAUGCCGCGUGGGAGGGCAUAGCCUCGUGCCCUCCGCUGGGCAUCGAGUCUUCUUUUGAGCUCUGCCUGCCCCAGACCUCAUCCCUGUGCGGAUCACAGAGGGAUUGUCUUCAGCGUCCAUUUCUUCCCGUAGAAGCCCUUCUCGUGGCCCAAGAGUGCUCACUUUUGGAACACCUGCGUGUGUCCUUUUCCCAUCGCCUUCCCAGACCGUCGGAUUCAGCCUCCCUGCAGGCUGCCUCGAAAGCCCUGUUUCCUUUCCGCAGUGGGGGGGUUUGGCUUCUGCUGCCCCCGAUCCUGGCCUCCCACGUCCACCUUGGGUCUCCGUGGGUACUUCCCUUUGAAGGACUUGAUUUAGGGCUUCAGCGUGUAGCCUGUCCCAUUGAAAGCGAGCAUUUCACUGGUGCGCUCCCAGGCCAGCCCUGCUCUCCUUCCCCACGCCCGCCCCUGCCCCACCUCCACCUCCACCCUCGGGGCCCUGUCCUGCUGUUACCUUGAGGAUACGUAGAAUGAUUUUGUUUGCUUUCAGCUUAGACGCUUUUGAACGGGCCUAAGUGACACGGACUCACUCCCAAGGAAAUUUCCUACUUGCCGACCUAGACGUGACCGGAGGAAGCCCCCGUCCACGUGCAUCUGGAAAUAGAUGAGGGUCUGGGUGUCAGACGCGCCGAAACCCGAAUGAGAGUCGUCCGUCUUCACCGCAGGUGGGAGGAUAGGAUGGUGGGUUUGGUGAUGCGCGUUCUCUGGCCGUUGUGGGCGACUUUGUCCUUCAUAGUCACUGUGGAGGGGACAGAGUGGCACCUUGGAAAGGCCCGUCUGCGAGGAUCCUAGGUCCCUGUCCCAGCUCUGCCACUAAGCAGGGUCAUCUGCCCUCUGUGAGCGCCACUGCCCUAUUUCUGAAAGGGGAGAGCUAAGAGGGUGUGGAAGAGGACCUCUCGAGGUGCCUUUCAGCCUAAGGACCGGCAUCCUGGAUGGAGCUCCCAGGCCUAGAUUCGGGCCUGCUCCCUGGUCUUUGUGCUUCUAAAGUGGUUUACAAAGCAUUCUUUCAGGUCAGUUCCUCCUGUAGGGACAUGACCUCGGAGGCUGCGAAUUUCGGUGGAGGCCAUCGGUGGCUCCUCAGAAGGGGCCCGAAGGCUGGGGCCUCCUUGGGCGGGCCUGCCUGUGUGGCCUUGCCUGCUGUCCCCCUCCUCGGGCCCUCCCUCGCCCCCUGGGUCCCGUAGGAGCUGCCUCCUUCCUGGUCCCCCUCCCUCCCAGGUGCCAGCCAGGCCCCGGCAGUGGGUUUGUGUGGCACCGUGGGGGUCUUUGUCAGCCGGGUCUCAGGAUCCUUCAGUUGGGCAGGCACAAGCCCUGGUGACGUUCAAGGCCUGCCUUUCCCAGCCUCGCCCUGCGGCCCCUGCCCUUGGCUUCCGCGCCCUGAUGCCCCCAGCCCAGAGGCCCUCCAGCCGCUCCCCUCCCUCGCUGCCGCCAGGGUCUCGGGGUGUCUGCCAGCGUUAACUUCCCUCCAGUAUCUGAGGAGCUCCUGGAGGGGCCUUAUCCCGGUAGGCACUGGGGCCUUACAGUCAGUCCCAGGCAGUCUCAGCCCCUCCCUCCCCGUGGCUCAGCCAUGAGCAGCUCAGCAGGCCGGGCUCCCGUUGGGCAGGAGGGCCCCAGGGCAGGAACAGGGACGGGGCGCCGUCACGCGGGAAGGUGGUGGCACUGGACAGAAAUGCCGGCACCUGGCAGUGGCGGAUCUCAGCAAACCACAGACAAGCCCCACACUGCCUCUGCUUCUCCUUGGCACCUUCCUUUCUUGGGCCUGCUUUUUGUCAACUGAAAGACACCGUGUAGCACUGAGAAGAGCAAUGAGUCGCCAGUCAGAAGGUCGGCCACGGGCCGGGGGUGGGUGGGAGCAGCGUGGGCUCGAGAGGAAUUCAGACCAGGGCUCUGGUCCCCACCCCGUCACUUAGCAGCACGUGAUCCUGGGAAGAUUCCCAAGCCCCGUGGCCUCAGGUUCUUCACCUGUGAAGCGAGUGGGUGUGACGAGCCGUGUCUUGUAGGGCUGCAGGGAUGCGUGUGAGCUUCGUAAAGCAGCUCACAGGACCUGGCGUCUGUGGGAACGUUGAUGAUUGGCACUUAUUUCUCAUAUUGUUUGGAUCACAGACCCUUCCCCUCUCUCCUCUGGCCUUUGGUUGGGCGUUUUCUUGUCCCAGUCAUGUCAGAGAAUAUACAGCUCAAUAGGAUGUGGAAAAGCUAAUCAGCCAAACAAGAUGUUUCAUAAAUAAAACUAAGUAAAUUUUCCCAAA